AUGGUAACGCUUCUGGUGCCAUUGAACAGGGGCUUGAGACAUCUCACAUCCAGGUGGACAUUGAACCAACCUCCUUUUCCCAAGAAAGUUAAAGAGAGAGGCGGGCUGAUUCCGAAGCCCUCCCAGGCUUUUGGGCUUUUAGCUUCUUCGGGACCAGGAACAUUGCCUUCUCCACCACUACAAGCGCCCUCGUUUUUCAAGUCUCCACCCCAGAAUCAAAGUCAAUCUACUCAAAUUGGUGGCACCUCACCCGCUCCCCCAUCUUCUUCAUUGACGCAGGACAUGACGGACGCAGCAUCGAUUCACAGCUCCCGAUUCCAAUCUACCUCCUUUCCCUCUGGAAGCCUUGGCCUCGCCAGGAUAGCUUGGGCUCUUUCCAUCGACCAUGCAGCAGAGCAGGAGAUGUUGCAGGUGCAGGAUACGGUGUUCGAACUUGCGCAGCCUCAUUUUGCGCAGUCACAGGCUGCAAGGGCGAGUGAAGACUAG